AUGAGUGUGCAGAAUCCGACUCCGACUCCAGUUCCUGCUGCUGCCUCGCCAGCACCCGCCACUCCAGCGCCCGCAACCCCCAUACCAACCAAUGGAGUACAACCUCAAGCGCCAGCACAAUGGGCACAAAUACCAAUUGAUCCGGCGCUACAAAAUGCCCAACCUUAUCCUCAGUAUGCUUGGCCGCCCCAACCUACUGGUGCACCUACCGUCGGUUCUCCGGCACCGAAUGCUACGACAAUCACUACUACAGCCGCUACACCACAGCCAAUCCGAGCCAAGACUUCUACCCCGGCACCUGCCGCAUCGUCUCCUGCCCCAACAACUGCUCCCGGAGCUACCACAACUCCCGCGCCUGCUCCUGGGACAACUACAGCCACUCCUUAUGCAGCUUCCCCUAUUAUCCGCCUGGGUAUCGAUAUCCCUACCCAUAUCAAGGCCAACCUCAAUACACAUAUACCUAUGCGAAUGGACACCACGACUGCUCAGACAACGGCGGCAGCUACACCGACGGCUACAGCAGCUACCACCCCCGCUGCAGCGACAGCAGCCAGGGUCAUGAUGCCCACUGCAGCGAGUAGUGCAACGACAAACAGUACAGCACAGGCAGUUGCGGGUGUAGGUCAACCUAUGCAACAGCAGCCAACCAGCCAGUUGAACGAUGCUUUGGCGGGGAUCGUGGAUCUUCGGGCAGAAGAAGAUGCACUUUCAAGAGGCCAUCAAGACGUAGGGAGUGCGUACUAUCAUCGUGAAGGUGACAGGAGCAAACGUGUGGGACCUGCGUUGGAGUCGAGUAAGCUCUGGAUGUCGGAAAAGUUAAAGGCUAUCUUGUCUGCUCAAGGCCUUACAAACUUGCCUGAGGAGGCGUUAAACUAUGCAAUGUUGGCAUGGAAAGCGCGACUUCAAAUGCUUUGGGACAAAGCUCUCGCAGCUGCUGAGCAUCGGUACUCAUCUCAAUACUCUCGCCCGCCCUCCUUCUGGAACCCUCCCCCCGCCGAUGGAUCAGCACCCAAUGCCAACGUUCCUCCCACACCUAUGUGGAGCACUGUCGUCAAACGUGACGUAUCCAAACAACUGUCCGCGAUCGAACGUGCUGAAAAGGAAGAGGAGACCCGGGCACGACGUGAACGACGAACGGCUGCCGCACAAGCUGAGGCGGAUGACGCUGUCGAAGACGACGACGCAGAUGGCCGCAAGGCCAAGAAGAUUCGUGCACUUGGGCCGGGUGUGACUGCGCGAAUGAUGCCCGAGGAUGUGAAAAAGAAGAUGAGUGACAAUACCGCAAACCGAGCUGCUGGACUGGGUACCGGUAAAUAUGCUUGGAUGACUGCUGGUGCCACUGGAGGCGCUGCUGCUGCCCCCACACCACCCAAGCCGAAGCCCACCCCAGCGCCUACACCUGCUCCAACUGCUAAUGCCACGGGCGCCACGACAACUCCUGCCCCUACGACAGCAACGACCCCGGCCCCUAAGGCUGGUGGGUGGGGCCGUGCAUAUGCGGCGGUGAGCAAGACCACGACCGGGACCGAUAGCAAGGAUGAUGGUGUCACCGUUACCCUUCGAGACGCCCUGUUUGUGGCAAGUCGAGAACGAGGCUAUGGAGGCGGGCGAGGGAGCGCACUUGCGACUGCUGGCAAGUGGGAAUGA